UUCCCACCCACAAGGAGAGAGAGAGAGAAGGGAGAGAGACUUUUUUAGGGAGGAUGGGAGCUUUCACGUUCGUGUGCAGGAGCGAGGGUGACGAAUGGAGCGCCAAGCAGCUCUCCGGUGGCAUCGAGGCCUCCGCCUCCUCCACCUUUGACUUGCAGAGGAGACUCGUCCAGGCUGCCUUUGCCUCCGACUCAUCCGGCCCCGUCCAGUCCUCGUUCUCACUCGUCACUCCAAGCUCUGCCGUCUUCCAGGUGAUUAUCGGAGGUGGUGGUGGUGGUGGUGCCUUCAUUGGUGGAGCAGCUGCAGCAGCAGCAGGAGGGUCGAGCUCUUCCGCUGCCUCAGCAGAGCCUCCAGCAGAAGAGAAGAAGGAAGAGAAGGAAGAGAGUGAUGAGGACAUGGGUUUCUCACUCUUCGAUUAAUCUGUCUUGGAUUUGGCUGAACCAGUUCCCAAUUUUUUGUGCUCUUCUAUUCUUAUCACUGUUGAGAGUUUCAGAUUUCAAGAUCGUCGUAGUAAGAGAGAAUUGUAGACAAGUUUUGUCAUGGGAUUCUUUAUUUUCUUUUGGUCUCUUGAUUAUACUUACCGUGCCAUUUCUAAUAGAUGUUGCAUGAUUUGGCAUGUUUGUCA